ACGCCAGUCUGGUUGACAGUAAACAGUCGCUCUGCUGUUAUUCACACUCUUCUAAAUACAUGAGCAGCAGCAGCAGAGAGAGGCGACUGGAACUCCACAGCUUUAAUCCUCACGGCUUCUCUUUUCUCAGAUUAGUGACGGACGGCUUCCUUUACCAGCAGAGCUCUUCAUCCAGCGAUGUGGAGGAGAGCAGCUCAGAUCCUGGGCCUGCUGCUCUGCUUACUGGGCUGGGGCUUGGUGGGCUGCACCCUCGCCAUGGACCACUGGAGCUGGGGGGCGAAGCGGGCUCCUCUGUGGUGGUGGCGGCCUGGUUCUGGUCAGACCUGUGGAAGGACUGCUACCAGGACUCCACGGCUCUGGUGAACUGUGUGGACUUCGGAGUGCUGUGGACGGUCAAAUCCUACGUCCAGGCUGUGAGGGGGCUUCUGGUGAUCGGCCUUUGCCUCGGCUCCAUCGGCACUGUGCUCGCAUUUUUGGGCUUGGAGUGCACUCGUGUUGGUGGAGGCCAGAGGAGUAAGGACGGGCUGUUGGUGACGGCAUCUGCUUUCCAUCUGGCCGGCUGUCUGUCAGACGUGGCCGGUUACUGUUUAUACAUCAACAGAGUGGUCGUGGCUUUUCUACACAGCAAAGCAGAUCCGUCAGCGCUGAGAUAUGAAAUGGGAGCUCCUCUGUACGUGGGCCUGGUGGGGAGUCUGCUCCUCUUCCUCGGCUGCGCUGUUCACUGUGCAACUGUUUACAGAGGAAACCAAACAGAAAGCCGACGUCACGCGGUCCCAAGUAUCAGGGGAAAGCAACAGAUCCGUGGAAGAACAAACUGGUUUCAUGACAAUGAGGCUUCUGUUGUCAUGGUGUAGAACAACAGGUUCAUUUAAUUCAGUUGUAAUGUCACAGAUUUUAAAUCGAGCUUUUAAUUUAUAUAAUUCAUUCAUCUGUCUGCCGAUUUAUACAAUUUUGACUGAUUUAGGUUUUACUUACUCCUUGCAUUUUAUUUAAUCUUUUUCACGUCUCUUUCAGUAUUUUAUUUUUUUAUCUUUUCAUCUUUCUUUAUUUUUUAAAUCGCACACAUUCAUUUACAAA